AUGAUGAAAUUAUUGAUUUGGCAGUUCGUGCUGAUCAAUCUCUUAGUAUAUCACAUGGUCGUGUUCAAAAACAUAAAAAUACACCAGUUAUUAGUCAGCAAAAUUCUAAUCCAUGGUUUAAAAAACGUCGAGCCAUUGAACCACCAGUUACUAUUACGAAUAUGUUAGAACAGGUUAAAGCUACAGUUUAUCUAAGCAUGUGCCAGUAUUGGGACGUUCUAAAGGAAAUUACUUUACUUUCGGCAUUGUUGGACCCCCGAUACAAAAAACUUAAGUUUGUUACAGAGACUCAACGUAAUAUGGCAGUUGAUAAGCUAAAUGAGCUAUAUCGAAUUGAACAAGCUAUUAUUAUAGAAGAAUCGAAUAAUAACUUAUAUAAUAAUUUAUCUAAGUUAUCACUUACGAAUGAACCACCAAAUGUUAAUUAA